AUGACCAUCCCUCCCCCCAACGAGGAAACUGCUCCUGUCUCCUCUGGCCCGGGAGAGUCUAAGAAGCCCCGGCGCCACCAGUGUAAGUCUAAAGGAGUGAUCGAGCGUAGAAGACAGCGAGAUGCUGGACUCCCUGUGGACCCUCUGCCCCCUCGCCCCCAGCGGCAGAAAACCCCUUCCCGAGGAAGGAAGAGGAUGAUGCGGAGAGCUGCUGCCGGAGCCGCCCGCGCUGACGCCGCCCGUGCUGCUGCUGCUGCUGCCGCCGCCGCCGCUGCCACCGUUGCUGCCAACCCCUCCACCUCCCUCGAAACUAGCUGCGCUGAAGCCAAAGUCGAGAGCGAGAAUUUUCUGUCCCGGGAGGUGGAGGAUGCUAAGGAGGAUACGCAGGUUACUCGGAAGCAGAUGAGCGAGGCCGUUAAGCCUCAUCAGGAGAUCGCUGGUUUGGCCUUCCGGCCAAAGGACAGGUGA